AUGAGCUUCCACUUUUAUAAACGAUUAGCUUUAAAACAGUCACCACGAAUUUCUAAUACUUUUAAAAAUAAUAUCACUAUUGUUAUUCCCAAGAAUUUAAAAUCACAUGCAUCGUUGUGUACGAAAAGUGCAAAUUUUUUUAAACCAUUAUUAUUAUUAUUAUUACCUCUAGAAAGAUCACAACCAGUUUCUUCAACAAGAUUUUUUUUUCAACUCAACAAUAUAUCUUCUUUUACACUACAACAACGUUCAUCUUAUUCUACAACCAAUAAUAAAAAUAAUAGUGAUAAACUAUACAAAUCAGUCAAAGAAAAACUUAACUACAUAAUGUCUGCUGCCUCUCCAAAAUUAAUCUGUCUAGGUAACCCAUUACUAGACAUCCAAGCCACUGUUACAGAAGAAUACCUAAAUAAAUAUUCUUUAAAGGCUAACGAUGCUAUUUUAAUUGAAGAUGUUACAAAAGACCCAAGAGUGAAGAUCUUUGAUGAACUUUUGGGUUUCCCAGAUGUUAGUUUUAUUGCUGGUGGUGCUGCUCAAAACACAGCUAGAGGUGCCGCCUAUGUCUUAGGACCUAAGAAAGUUGGUUAUUUUGGUUGUGUUGGUAAAGACAAAUUUAGUGAAAAGUUACUAGACGCCAAUGAACAGAGCGGUGUUGUUUCUUUAUAUCAAGUCAACGAAACCGUUGGUACAGGCAAAUGUGCCUCUUUGAUCACUGGUCACAAUAGGUCUUUAGUCACUGAUUUGGGUGCUGCAAACCAUUUUACCCCUGAACAUUUGACUAAGCAUUGGGAUAUCGUUGAAAAUGCCGAAUUAUUUUAUAUUGGUGGUUUCCAUUUAACCGUUAGUCCAGAAGCUAUUGUUAAAUUGGGUGAACAUGCUAAAGAACAUGGGAAACCAUUUGUUUUGAAUUUAAGUGCCCCAUUUAUCCCACAAUUUUUCAAAUCUGCCUUGACUAAAGUUUUACCAUAUGCAACUAUUUUAAUUGCCAAUGAGACUGAGGCUGCUUCCUACGCUGAAUCUUAUGGUUUGACCUGUGAAAAAACUGAUUUGGUUGCUAUCGCUAAAGAAAUUAUUGGUGUGGAUCCAAAGAAAACUGUUAUUUUUACUCAUGGCUUAGAACCAACUGUAGUUGUUACCUCUACCACUUCCUCUACUGUUCCAGUUCAUCCAUUAGACCCAAGUAAGAUUGCUGAUACUAAUGGUGCCGGUGAUGCCUUUGCAGGUGGUUUCAUGGCUGGUUUGGCUGAAGGCAAGCCUUUGAAAACCUGUAUUGAUCUAGGUCAAUGGUUGGCUAAAUUAUCUAUUCAAGAAGUUGGCGCCUCUUAUCCAAAGGAAAAGUUUACUUAUUCUGCUUAA